AUGAGGAAGGGACUCUUGUCCUUACUAUCUUUUGCCAUUGAGACAAGUAGUGUCGUUGCUCUUGGCAAAGGAGAUAGCCCGGCUGUUGUUGAGCUCCAAUUUAACCGGCAACGGAACGAUGACGUUCUCGAAACACAUCGCUCUCCGUCGAAGCGUACCUCGAUACUAUCUGAAGGGAUACUAAAUGAGGAUGCCAUGACGCUAUACACAGCCAAUGUCACCGUUGGCAGCUCAGAGCAAGAGAUCGCCGUGGUACUAGACACUGGAAGCAGCGACACGUGGUUCAACAUUCCCUCGUCGAACUUUUGCAAGAACAUGGCAAAUGACUGCGAACGGUAUGGGAUCUAUGACAAUAGCUCAUCCAGAACCUACACAUUCCUCAACCACGACUUCAACAUCACAUAUAAUGACGGGACGAAGGCGACGGGGGACUAUGUCAAGGAUACUAUUCAGUUUGGCGGAGUGAUGUUGAGUCAAUUCCAGUUUGGCGUAGCAGAGGAGAGCACCUCAAAUCAAGGAACAUUGGGUCUUGCAUUUCCUGCGCUUGAAGCUACUCGCACUGAGUAUUCCAACUUUCCCCAAGCCCUGGCGCAAGCUGGUCACAUCAAGUCAGCCACAUACAGUCUCUGGAUGGAGGAUGUAACCUCGCACAGUGGGACGAUUCUCUUUGGAGGCGUGAACACGGCAAAGUAUCUGGGACAGCUGCAGACAAUUCCCCUCCAGCCCGCUGGCGGCGUGUACACGUUCUUCCGUGUCAUAUUGACCGGGCUCGCUUUGCAACAGCGCGCGUCAAACGCAACCACGUAUCCAGAUACCGAGUUUCCACUUCUCGUCACCAUCGAUACAGGAGCAAGCGUGACUUAUCUACCCAAGUCGCUGACCACAAAGAUCUACUCCAGUCUGGGAGUCACACACAAUGCUGUGUACGAUGUCCCGGUACUACCGUGUUCCGUGAAAGACAGAAACAUUACUAUGACGUUUGACUUCUCCGGUAUCCGUAUCGAUGUCAAUAUCCACGAGCUCGUUUUGAACGGGAUCGACAUGGACGGAGACACUGUGAUGUGCGUGUUCGGCAUCUAUACAAGUACCAGUGGAAUCCCCAUACUGGGCGAUACUUUUCUCCGUAGCACGUAUGUCGUCUUUGAUUUAGCUAAUCGCGAAAUCUCGAUGGCCAACGCAAACUUCAAUCCCGGGGAGGAUGCCAUCCUCGAAAUCGGGACAGGCAAGGAUGCGGUGCCCGGUGCGACUCGGGUGCCGUCACCGGCUACCACGGCGGUGAAUAUGCCGACUGCAGUGCCUUUGACGGCGGGAAGAGAGGGAAAUCAUGGCAGUAUAGCGAUUAAUGUAGAGAUGGAUGUGAAGCUGCUUUUCGCUGGCUUGAUUGUCUCUCUUAUGUCCGCUCCUGUAUAG